AUGGCACCAAGAGUCAAGAGAACUGCAAGGAGAAGAACUCGUCAGAUUCAGGGGAUUGGAUUCCCAUGGGUUCAUUCGGUGCUACCAUUACUACCAAUCCCAGAUUUGGAAGAUAAUGAGGAGGACAAGGCAGAGAUCCAGAGACACUUGAAAGAACCCCGAGAUUGGAACUUCUUCUUAACCAGUCUUGCUUGGGAUUUUUACAAGGAGAAUAGGAAGAGGGUUGCCAUGAUUGAGCGAUGCGUUAUCAGUGACGACAAUCUAUCUACCAUGUCUACUGCUGGUCAAGGAGUUUUAUGCAAAUUUCACUGGAGUACAAGGCGAACGAUGCUACAUCUUCAUUCGUGGUGUUAUAGUGGAGGCUAG